CCGUUGAACACUUGGCUCUCGCAACUCUGAAAUCCCCGACCAAAUCCCAAACUCCGAUCAGCCGUGGAUCAAUUCCCGACCACCCAAUGGCCCAAAACCCAAGACCCACAAGCAUUCUCGAAACUCUCGGCGAGGAACUCGUCAGAAUCAUAACCCCGGUCUCCAUCUGCAUGUUGCUCGUGGUCAUCCUCGUCUCAGUUUUAAGCUCCGAUGCAUCUUCAACCGUCACCGUCAAUUCCAUCGCCACCAUUGCUUACACCGAGACAACCUCGGACUCCACCUGGGACAAGUUCGUAGGUGCCCUUUUGAACUCUCUUGUGUUUGUGGCUGUUGUCACUCUUGUCACAUUUGUUUUGGUUCUCCUGUUCUAUUUCAGAUGUACUAAGUUCUUAAGAGCCUACAUGGGCUUCUCUUCGUUUGUUGUGUUGGGUUUUAUGGGCGGCGAGAUUGCUUUGUUUUUGAUACAAGAUUUUAGUGUUCCGAUUGAUUGCGUCACGUUUUUGGUGGUCUUGUUUAAUUUUGCUGUUGUGGGUGUGUUGGCUGUGUUCAUGUCGAAAAUGGCGAUACUUGUGACACAAGGUUAUUUGGUUGUGAUUGGGAUGCUUGUUGCGUAUUGGUUUACGUUGUUGCCCGAAUGGACUACUUGGGUGUUGUUGGUGGCAAUGGCAUUGUAUGAUCUCGCGGCGGUUUUGUUGCCUGUUGGGCCACUGAGGUUGUUGGUGGAGCUUGCAAUUUCGAGAGACGAAGAAAUUCCGGCUUUGGUUUAUGAGGCACGGCCUGUGGUGGCUUCUCAGGAUCCGAGGGGAGGUGUGGUUCAGAGGAGGGUUUGGAGAGAUAGGAGGAAUGAGAGUGAGAGUCAUGAGAAUGUUGGUCCUGGUUUAGGCGAGAAUGGAAGUUCUGGAUUGAGCUCUAAUGUGAGUACUAAUGUGGAAUUUGGUAACAGGAAUGAUUCGAGUUUGGUUAGAGUUGAAGAGGGGAUGGUUCUGGAUAGGGGUCAAGAGCUAUCUGCGCCGUUACUAGAGCAGAUAACAAGUGUUCAGCAGCAUGGACAGGACGAUGCUGUGUUGGGUGAUAGUAUGUUGCUGGAGGGUAUUGGCUUGGGAUCUUCUGGUUCAAUCAAGUUGGGAUUGGGAGACUUCAUAUUCUAUAGUGUUUUAGUUGGGAGAGCGGCAAUGUAUGAUUUUAUGACUCUGUAUGCUUGCUAUCUCGCGAUUAUAGGUGGUUUGGGAGUUACUCUGAUACUGCUGGCUUUGUAUCAGAAAGCUUUGCCAGCACUUCCUGUAUCAAUAAUGCUCGGGGUACUGUUUUAUGUACUGACCCGGUUCCUUCUUGAAGUUUUUGUUGUACAGUGUUCGUUGAAUCUCAUCAUGUUUUAGAUAUAUGGAUUGGAUUGUAGAAGCUUAACGAGCAGCUGCAGAAAGCAUCAGAGUAUGUUGUACAAUAGAAUUGAUUUGUUGCGCCACUCUAUGUUUUGCUACACAGUGGUUGCAUGUUCAGAAUCUACAAUGUUUAGUAAAGUUGGUUUGGAUCCGUUAGAUUUUGGUUUCUAGCUCUUCAUUCUUAGGCGUCAAAGAAAUAAUGAGAUGCCGGGUUUGGUAUAUGGUCACUAUGCACAUUAUCAAUGUUCUAAUCCGGGUCCAGACUCACUCCAGAGGUAUGUCCUUACUCUGAUAGAUAGUUGUAACUUGUAAGGGCUGUUGUUGCUGGUGAUUCACUACCAAACGCGGUGCCCUUUCCGAAAAUUGAUUACUUUCAGCUAGCUUCAUAAUGUAUUCAUUGUCUAUGUGUCCAUCUUAUGUAUACUUGGCAAAAGCUUGGUGAUUUUUUCAAUUGUAAACGUAGAUAUAUCUUCAUCUAGGCCUUGUGUUUAUAAUUCUUUACUCCAGGUUAUAGUAUAUCACAAUCAAGAACGACUUGUUUGUAUUAAUCAGUAGGUU